AGAGUGUAGAAAACAUAGUAAGGAAAAGGAGGCCCGCCUGAAGCUUAUUUUUCUACGUCAUUAAAGCUAUGUCCGAAAAUAAACUUUACUUUCGAAUAUCCCGACGCAUUCUUUAACCGAGGUGUAAGUAAAGAACUGUUAACUCUGUCCGUCUAUUAUGCGUUUAUACGCACCGGGUCAGUGCGUCGCAGUUGGCUUACUAGUAGUGGAACAUGAACCAUCACUCGAACUCCGCCCUGGACAACACUAGUUGCCAGAGGAGUUGUCACUUCUCCAAACACAGUGGGACAGAUGAAACUGUCAGCGUUGAAUUGUGAUGGUGGAUGGUGAGCCAUUGAAGCUUCGAGCGGGAUAAUAAAUGAAUGCGCGAUAGCCAAUGAAGAUGGGUGAUUCUAUCCUAGAAUUAAGACAAAUGUGGACUUCUAAUAACGGAAUUGUCCCCAAAAAGAAGACAAGGAGAGUGAAAGAAGUUGUAAUAUUUCCACAAAUUUCCAAUGGCUCUACCUCACUGCGUCGGCAUCAGGACAGCAAAAACAAGAGAUCGACCAUUCCCACAUUCCAAAGACUCCAGGAGAUGUUCUUUUCCGACUGUCGAUCCGAUCAUGCGGUUCUAGCGAAAAAGAUUAGGUCCAAUAAGAGAGCAGACAGGAGUAUUCCUUUGACCAAAGUCAGUGAGGAGUCAGAGUCCCAGAUAACAGCUCACCUCAGAUAUCAAUUUCUGCAGCGCCAUGUAAAGUCGUAUGGACAAAGCACACCGUCAGAGCAGAAAGGGGUGACUGUGCUGCAUCUGCAGAACACAUAUUUAUUCAAGGACAAAGCAGCUUUCAAAGCCUUACCAGAUGGAGGACUUGAUGACAGUGAGGAUACUGCUCCUCAAAACCUGCUGCAGAGUUUGGUGGCACUGGAAGAAGAGGAAGAGGAAGAGGACCGUGUUUGUGUAAACCAGGAUGUCACCACAUGGGCUGAAAGUGUUCCCGAAAUUGUCAAAUGUCUAUUGGCUGGAUCUUCUAAUGGUGUUGUCAAGACAACAGGAGGUGACCCUCAUUCAUUAGGUCUCACAGUUAUAACAGAUGACCUGGAACGUGCCAAGAAGAGGAGAUUCAUGAUCUACAUAUGUGGUGGAUAUAAAGACACGGUGGCAGAGAGGAGUGCGUUGAUGGAGACUGUGUUCCCUCGUCUGUACCUCUACUGCAAACAGAGGGGCUAUGACUUCAGGAUGGUGGACCUGCGCUGGGGCGUGGGAGACCCUGUGUCGGAUAGACACGACACGGCAGAGCUGCACGUGGAGGCCCUCGCACAGUGUCAGGAAACACUGGGGACAAACUUCAUAUUAUUCCUUGGUCAGAAGUACGAGGUCCAGACCCUGCCCAGCACUAUCUCCAGAGAGGUGUUUGAGGCCAUCGUGAACGUGGUGGAGAGAGACAGACAGAAGAUGUCCAAGAAAAAACACCCCAAGAUGGACGACGUCAUCAGUGAUUCCAAGUCUAAUAUCGCCACAGGAAGUGACACGGGCAGCUUUUUUGUUCCAGAACAAAACAACAAUCAUGAUUCAGGAGAUCCAGCUCCGAAUUCUGGGUUAAUGAGCGAUGAGAUUUCCGUAUCCCGUAAUUCCCUCUCUGAUGCAGAUGAGACGCGGAUAAGUCCUGCGGCGACGAGGUGUUGGGCAGACUUCGACCGGGAUCUGAUCCUACUCCAGACGUGGUACAGACUAGAUGAGAACUGUGAUCCUCCUGUGUACCGUCUACUCCCUGUGAGCACCCAACAGCCUGACUUCCUGAGUAGAGAUGGCCAGCGCAGGAGGCAGGCGAGGAAGGCGUGGCAAGCUACAUGCUUGCAUCUGUGGGGGGUGCUACAGAGGAGUGGGACAGAGGCUCUGGGGGAGGAGGGGACAUCGCACCUCCUCAGGACAGUUCUAGACUGGGAGGUAGAGCAGGGCCUCCAGUCACUAGGAGCCAAGGCCCCUCCAGAGGAACACUGCCACUGCUAUAAGAGGGUCAUCCCUGACCUCCACUACAGCCUGAGGAACGAACACGCUGCCCACUACAUCGACUUGCUGGAAGGUCGACCGCAGGUCAACCACACUCUGAAUGCAGCACACCAGGGCUUCAUGGAUCGCGUUCACAAAAAGUUGCGCCACACCAACAUCUAUGAGCGUAACGUGGACUGGGGAAGGAAUGGCCUGAACCCCAAACAUAACCGAUCCCAACAGUUCUACACAGAACACAUCUCCUCUCACUUCCAGAGGACUGUCAUCAACUCUCUGAACAAAGUCAUGAAGGGGAACAAAGCCAAAGGCUCCUUUGACAUCAGACGGAGAGAAGCAUCUAGAAUGAGGAUACAGGAGGAGAUCCAUCGCCAUGUUAACCACGGACACACUCUGGAAAAUCACCAUGUGUUGAGAGAUGGCUUCCUGGGUGAGAUGAGGAGGGCCGUGGAGGAAGGGUCUUCUCUCAGACCUAUCCUCCUACUGGGUCCCCCUGGCUGGGGCAAGAGCACCACCAUGGCCAGACUGGCACACCUCGCCCCCUCCUGGAUUACUGGAGCUGUGAAGGUGCUGGUGUGUUUCGUGGGCCUGACGGGUGAGAGCAGGAAUGUGCGUCUGGUUCUCCAGAACCUGUGCGUUCAGCUGGCUGAGACCUACAGCCAUCACACUGAACUCUCUGAGGGUCUCCCUCAUUUGGUGAAUGAGUUCCACUCCCUUCUUGGUCAGGUGAGGGCGGACAGCCCCGUAAUCCUUGUGCUGGACGGGAUAGAUGCUCUCUCCGAGGAGCACGGAGCAGACCUCUCCUGGCUGUCUACACCUCUCCCCCCACACGUCCACCUCAUCCUGUCUGCCACCACAGACUCUGCCUGCGCCCACACCCUGCAGAAGUCAGCCCAGCCCAUUGUCCUGUCCCUGCCACCCCUCAGUCCUGAUGACAUCACCAGGGCUCUAAAACAUAAACUCCAGACUGACCACCGCAGGCUCCAGGACUGGCAGUGGCAGCUUCUCCUCCACGCCUGCCUUUCCUGUCCCUCCCCUCUCUACCUGGAGGCUGUCUAUGCUGAGUCUGUCCUCUGGAGCUCCUUCUCCCCCCAGGGCAGCCUAGGCCUCCCACCCGACCUGGAAGGGCUCUACGUAGGCCUGCUGGCUUGCUUGGAGAGGACCCACGGGGAGCAGCUGGUGGGACGGGCCGCCGCGGUUAUAUCGCUCUCCAGAGGGGGCGUCACGGAAGAGGAGCUACUGGACCUUCUGGGGAGAGAUGGGAAGGUUCUACAGGAGGUAUCGCUCUCCCAUUCAUCCUCCACUUCCUCCUCCAGCCUUCCCAGGGUGCCGUGCGUGCUGUGGGCGCGGCUGAGACGAGACCUUGGGGGUCACCUGACGGAGGCGGAGACAGAUGGGACGUGGGUCUACCACUGGACCCACUCUGAGCUGGGUAGGGUGUGUGUGAAACGGUACCUCAAAACGGACGACUCCCGCAUGCUUCUACACGCAAACUACGCAGACUACUUCCGGGGUACGGAUAGCCCACACAGAAACAUAUUUCAGCCGCUGGCGUGGACACUGGAGGAGGACUCGACGAAAAGUUAUGUGUUUAACCUCAGAAAGCUCCAUGGCCUGCCCUACCACCUGGUUCGGUCAGGCCAGAUACUGGCCUUCCUGUCUGAGUGUGUGUUUAACUAUGAGUUCCUGCUGCACAAGGCCUGGGGUCUGUCUGUGCUCCAUGUACAAGAGGACCUGAAGGGCGUCGUGCUGCCAGAGAAGGAGUUGGUAGAUAUGGAGGUGUUGGCUGCUACUCUGGAGCUCUCCAGGACCGUGCUGCUCCAGGACCCCUGCCAGCUGGCCUCCCAGGUUAUGGGCCGUCUGGGACAGAUGGUUGCUGAAGACCUCCCCGUGGCUCCAGGUGACCCACAGAAGUUUAGCUACCUGCAUGCCCUGCUGGCCCAGUGUGCCCGUUCCUCUCUGCCAGUCCUGGUGCCCUCCUACAGCUUCCUGGUGCCCCCAGGAGAGAUCCCACACACCCUGCUGGCAGGCCACACGUCCAUAGUAACGGCCCUGACCAGGGGACAGAGGGGUCUGGUGGCAGCCACCUGCGAUGGGGACGGCACCCUGAAGGUGUGGGACCUGGAACUGGGGCGCGCCGUGAGGACUCUGGAGGGGGUGGGGGGCGUGGUGGGCGACUCCCUCACUCUCUGUCUAGAGGACAGGGUCCUGGUGGUUCGCAUGGGACAGAGUCUGCAGGUCAGAGAGGUGGAUUCUGGGAAAGUGAUCUACUCCGAGAGUGACUCUCUGGACGUUCCUGUGGUAACCACCACGUGUGACGGACAGCUGCUGGUAGCCUUCUAUGAUGGAAGUCAUCUGGUGAAGGUGUUCGACCUGGUCUCGUCCUGCUCUCUACUCUGCUGUGUCAACAUUACCCUGGACUGUGACCCCAUCCAUAAAGACCAUUCCGUAUUGGUCUCCCACAACUCCAUCAAAGACUAUGUCCUUUUCGCCUACAGGUCUGGAGGUCAGGCAGCGGUGCUUAGUGCCAGAGGGGGGGCUGUGUUGUCUGUCCUCAGAGCCCAGCAUGGUGCUGCCUCCAUACAAGGAGUGGAGAUGACCAAUCAGUACCUACUGCUCUUCUGCAGGUACCCUUACAAGCGGGACAGUGAGAUCAUUCAUAUUGAGCUGUACAGCACGGCCAGUUUCAAGUACGAGCGCUCCAUCCUGGGCUGCAGCCAGGACGACAUCUCCCAGGUCACCGUCAACCGGACGGGGACGCACGCCGUGGCCUUCUGCCCCUCCCCCCGCACCGGCAUCACGCAGGUCGUGACAUGGAACCUGGAGACAGAGGACCACAAACACAUCGCCCGUUUCCCCGGGAUACUGACUGCAGGUGUGUGCUUGGAACUGCGGUUCUGUGUGGGCGUGUGCAGUGGGGAGAGGUACCCAAGGCUGUGGGAUCUGUCCUCCAGGGUCAAUGACCAGACCCUCACCUACAAUGUCCACAAGGUGAAGAGGGACGGCACAGAAGAGGUCAUCCUCAUGGGGAAACGCCCACGCUACGCGGUGUGCAAGUCCCUACGGCCUGGCACGGUACGGGUCUGGAACCUGGCCAGAUCCAGGUUCACAGGUCGACCUGUCAGAGUGGAGCACGGUCUCUAUGGCAACACCGACGUGGCCUUGGCCCACGACCUGAAGCUGUACAUCCUGACAGACAGAGGGACGGCCACCUUCACAGACACCCCCUCGCCCAUAUUCCAGACUCUACUGGUCUAUGACCUGAUCAAGAGAAGCUACGUGAGGAGACAGUCUGGUCUCUACAUCGUCCCCUGUCCCCGACACGAAUACAGGCUUCUGGAGGGGCAGCUACUUCUGGGUCUGUCUGAGACGAGGAACCAUCUGAUUUUGUGGGACCUGGAGUCUGGGUAUAUCAAAGGGAGGAUGAAAGCAUCCCACACAGAGUUUCUCCUGUCCAGCAGCACCGUCAGAGACAGACAGUCCCAGAUACCACCAAAUGAGACCACAGCUCUAGUGAUGCCCUGGGACAGGCGGACAGAGAGCCACUCUGCUAAGUGUAGGAGGCUGGAGAAGGAGGAUCAGAGGGAGAAGGAGGAGCAGCGCAGUCUAGACAGGGAGAAAUACAACUCCAUAGACCAGUACCUUCUCAGUGGGGACCAGCAGGUGGUGGUGUGUUCCUAUUUCUCCCACCACCUCAACGUUUUCAGCGUGAGCUCCCAGGACCACCUCCACACCCUGGAGGAUAGGACGUCCCUGCUGAUCCUCCACACCGCCGCCCUCACACACCCCGGGGGACACCUGGUGCUGGCCAACUACAGCCAAGCUCAGCAUAUACCUUACCUCACCCUCUGGGACCUUCAGAAAGGCACGGUGAGGAAAAGAUUGAAGAACGAGCCAGGAGUCUGUUGUGUGGCAAUCACAGAUGACGCCAGCAGAGUCGCCUUUGGGAUCAGCGGAUGUAACAAGCUUAAAGUGUGGGAUCCCUUCAGGAGGAAUCACAAGACUAUCUCUGGCUACGCCAGCCUGAGACUAGGAGGAUCCAACCAGCUUUAUAUCACUGAGGGAGGAGCCAAAGCCAUUCUACUAGCAGGUGAGCUGAGCCUAUGGGACUUGGAGGCCUGCAACAUCCUCUCUGUCCUUUCCCCAGAUGCCCACAUCCAGUGUCUGACCCUCCUUGGAGGAGACAACAGUAGCACCCUACUGUUGGGCCUUAGCCACAGCCCCGCCCUCGUCGCAGUCAGGCUGACGUCACAGUCACAGGGGGUCGCCGUGGCAACCGGCUCCAGGGACGAAGACGUGUUCUCGGAGUCCAGUAGUAGCGAGGAUGAAGACGAAAAGGACAGUCAGACAUGUAGGACUUGAGUAGAGUUUGUUCAGGAACUUCAUGUUAUGAGUAUGACUUACCGAGACACUUCAGCCUUCGAACAGGAUGACCUGAUAAGUAGAAUGUGAAGUGUGUAUAUAUAUAUAUAUAUAUAUAUUUUUAAAAAGACAAGGAUUGGUGAUAUAAAAUAAAUGCUACAUGCUAUUACACUAGUUUGACAAAGUAUGUAGAAUGUCAACACAAACAUGAAAUACCAUUCUGACGGUGCCCCCGAUCAUCAUCAUCAUCAUCAUCAUCAUUAUUACUUAGCAAAGCAAAGUGCUGCACCUGAGGAUGGUCAGUUGAAAAUGAAAUCAUAAAAUAACCUAAAAAUGUGAAGUAUCGUGUCAAAUCCCAGCUCAGGUAAGUACUUCACAUAAGGCUGAAACAGAGCAAUCUACCCCUCCAUCUGCCAUACAAAUAAAAAUGUAGCACAAUGAACAAUUUAGCCCCAUCUGGUAGUGACCAAAUCAAUGAAUCGAGACUUGUUGAUUUGGAACAUAUUUAUUUUUUUAAACUGCAUAAGAAAUGAAACUUACUGAAUUGAAAGAAAGGGGGCGAACAUAAUGCAUUCAUUUUCACAAAAAAAA